AUGGCCCGCACCAAGAAUACCACCAAGAAAUGUACUGGUGGCUCAGUGCCACACGUCCUCCUCAAGAUCUCAAGAGUGCAACUCUCUGGAGGGGACCACCAGAAAAUGAAGGCUUUGAGCGCCACCAGGGGUGCCUUACCUGUGGGAGGUGGGGACUUAGAGAAGAGGAAUGGUCAGCAUGAGGCUUUGACCGCCACCAGUAAGGACUUAGAAAUGAGAAGUGCCCACAAUGAAUAUUAUAUACUUUGCAGGGAUGGUGCAGGGUGCUAUGGAGACAAUACUCUCUUCAUGUGCACUCUGUGUCCCAGGGUCAUUUGCAGGCUCUGCCUGCAGCUGCUGCCUGACAUAGAAACCAAAAUCCUACAAGAGGACGUCUCAUUUAGAUGCAUUUGUUGCCAUAUUAAGAUGGAACAAAGUGCUGCCUACUUUAGUUUCUAUAAUAGCAAUGGCCUUCCCUUCUUGGACAAGUUCCUAUCUGUCAAUGAUGCACUUGAGGUGUCUGCCCAAGCUGAAAUAUCGGCAGCUCCGGUCAUUUUUAUUCACCUUAUCCUCGUCGACUUCAAAGUGGCUGCUUCCUUAAGCCUUACUACUCCGGCGAUGCUUAUUUCAUUUACUGAGAGGGUUCUCAUUGGGCUGUGCCCACUUCGGUUGGCUUUCAAGGAUAUGCUCUUACAGUCAUGGGACCUUGGUAGCCACUCUGAUAUAUUUCUAUUGACCACUGUCAAGGAGGGCGGCCUUAGUAUCUCUAGGUUUGCAUGGGCUAAUGUGGAGGUCCAUCCUUGGGGCAACCCCCUACCUAUCUAA